AUGCCGGGCGGGCGGGUGUGCGCCGCCUGCGGCUGCUCGGACAUCGAGGUGGACGCGGCGCGCGGCGACGCCGUGUGCACGGGCUGCGGCUCCGUGCUCGAGGACAACAUCAUCGUCUCCGAGGUGCAGUUCGUGGAGAACAGCGGCGGCGGCUCCUCCGCCGUGGGGCAGUUCGUGUCGCUGGACGGUGCAGGCAAAACACCAACUUUAGGAGGAGGAUUCCAUGCCAACCUGGGAAAGGAGUCACGAGCACAAACUCUGCAGAAUGGGAAACGGCAGAUCCACCACUUGGGAAACCAGCUCCAGCUCAAUCAGCACUGUCUGGACACAGCCUUCAAUUUCUUCAAGAUGGCUGUGAGCAAGCACCUGACCCGCGGGAGGAAGAUGACCCACGUCAUCGCCGCCUGUCUCUACCUGGUGUGCCGCACCGAGGGGACGCCUCACAUGUUGCUCGAUCUCAGUGACCUUCUGCAGGUGAAUGUCUAUGUGCUGGGAAAAACUUUCCUUCUGCUGGCCAGAGAACUCUGCAUAAAUGCUCCAGCUAUAGAUCCAUGUCUGUACAUCCCACGUUUUGCACACAUGCUGGAGUUCGGGGAUAAGAACCAUGAAGUGUCCAUGACRGCUCUGCGGCUGCUGCAGCGGAUGAAGCGGGACUGGAUGCACACGGGCCGCAGGCCCUCUGGCCUCUGCGGAGCAGCCCUGCUAGUGGCAGCAAGAAUGCAUGAUUUCCGACGCACUGUUAAGGAGGUCAUCCGAGUGGUCAAGGUUUGUGAGUCUACAUUAAGGAAAAGGUUGACGGAGUUUGAAGAUACACCAACAAGUCAGCUAACCAUAGAUGAAUUUAUGAAGAUUGACUUGGAAGAAGAAUGUGAUCCUCCUUCAUUUACAGCAGGUCAAAAAAAAUUGAAGAUACAGCAGCUUGAGAAGGCAUUAUCGAAAAAGCUGGAGGAUUUUGAAGGUGAAAUAUCGAGCUAUCAAGAUGAAAUAGAGAUUGAAUUAGAAAAUAGUAGACCAAAAGCAAAAGGAGUAUUUGCAAAUUUCACUAAAGAUGAUUCUAUAGAAGAUAAUACCUCUAGCGUAUUUGGAGAGGAGGAGGCAGAAGAUGAGGAACUGGAAGCAGCUGCUAAUCACUUAAACAAAGACUUUUAUAAUGAACUUCUUGAGAAGGAUAGGUUAAAAACAAAUGCAGAUGGGGAAUGCAGAAACGGGAAUGAAGCUCCUGUAAGGCCACCCGCUCUGGAAUCCUUGCUCGGCCCGCUCCCCACUGCAGCUAGUCUUGGCAUAACGGAGUCCAUAAAAGAGUGCAUAUCUACCAAGGAGCGGGAGCCUGGUGACAGCGCGGGCGACGGCGAGCUAGAUCUCAGCGGAAUCGACGACAGUGAAAUAGAUAGGUAUAUACUUAAUGAAACAGAAGCUCAGAUAAAAGCAGAGCUGUGGAUGAAAGAAAAUGCAGAUUAUUUGAAGGAACAAAAAGAAAAAGAAGCGAGAAUAGCAAAAGAAAAAGAACUUGGGAUUUAUAAAGAGCACAAGCCAAAGAAAUCUGCAAAGAAGCGGGAGCCGAUUCAAGCCAGCACAGCAGGAGAAGCAAUUGAAAAGAUGUUAGAACAGAAGAAAAUCUCAAGUAAAAUUAAUUAUAAUGUGCUAAGGGACCUGAACAGCAAAGGAAGCAACACACCAAAGAAAGAGGAUGACAGCACCGAUGACAGCACCAACACCAAGAGGCUGUCAAGAAGAAAAUCUAUUGCCAGUAGGAAUAUAGCCAACCCUGUAAACAGUGUGGGAAAAAGAUUAAGACCCUUGAUUUCUACACAACUGGCUAAAAAGGCUGCUACUGAAGAGGUGACCUUUCCCAAUGCGCAAGCGGAUGUCUCUGAGAAAGCAGCAGCUGUGCUAGUGGAGAGUGGCCCAGUAGCUUAUAACCCUGAUGAGGAGGUGGAAGAGGAAGAAAUAGAAGAUGAUGAUGAUCACUGCAUGAGUGCAUUGCAAUUAAUGGGAGGAAAUGAUUAUGGCUGUGAUGUGGAGGAUGAUGAUGGCUACUAGUCCCAUUGACUUCCAAAGGACGUGGACUGUGUCUUGUUCCCAGCAGAUCUUCGAGCAGUAUGAAUGGUGAAAGAAGCUGUCUAUGGUCAGCAAAUGCAGUCGAACAAUCCUUACUUUUGUAAAGUGAAUUUUAGUCCGGCAUUGACUCUGGUUAGUUUACAUUGACCCAUAACCCAGCAAUAAAGUUUGGGUUUGUACUUGAAUUUUUUUUUUUAGUUCAGCGGAUCAUGUUUGGAGGAUGGAGCUAACGGGAGGAGUGUUUCCAGAGAGCAAAAGAAGAUAGACUGUAUAUAAAGCAUGUGUGACUGGAAGCAACACAUACCUUAUUUAUGUGACUCUACUUUAGAUGUGCUAUUGAAAGACAGUGUAUAGGAAGACAGGUGAAAAAGAGAAGCCCCUCCUGUUGAUUAUCUGAUUACAUUUGGAUUCAUUUUCUUACAGWGCUACAACUGAAGAGAGAAUAUUUUCAACUUUCAUUGUAGACAUGACUUUGUUACUGUAUACAUACUUCCUUACCCAAGUCUAUUAAAAUUAAUGACAAAUUAUAUAUUUGUAGGGCAGGAUCUGUUCCUCUAAAAUGACAUAAAUACUUCUUUAUAUGAAUCAAUUUGAAGAUUUCUUUAAAGGUGUUACAACAGAAGGCAAUGGUGCCACUGGAGCUGUCUUCCACAGUGAGUCGCGUGCUGUUCCUAUGGAAAGAGGGAGAAAGUCUGGGAGAUCAAGAAGCAUACAGGGAGAGCAGAAGAUAAUUCCUUGGCCGUGUGGCUUUCCUGGGUGUCCCUGGGGACAGCUGUGUAUUGCAGGGGCUGGUGUGGCUGCAGGAGGGUGGCUCUGGCUGUCCCUAUUGACCGCUCUUGCUCGAGUGCGGGCCUGCUCCCAAGAGCUGCCUUGCUCCAAAAACAGUCAAAAGAAAGGGAAAAAAAUGGAGCUCUUUAACAAAUAAGCUAGCAUCUGCUUUGGCUGAAUUUAAUUUGAUGUAAUUUAUUUAACUUUCUGUGGGUAAAUUAAAGGUCACCRUACAACAGCCUGACUUCCAUGGCUAAAAUCCCCCGCUUUGGAUAACUGCUGUUUCUUGGGUAAUGCUAGAACUGUAGCCUUGAGAGUCCCGACUUGCCACCGGGCCGGUCCUUCCCUGUGCGGUGCUGGGGCUCCCGGCUGGAGCUGUCCCUGCCCGAUCCCCCUCUGCUCCCAUUGACCUGCCCUGCCCUUGCUGGGGCCCAGGGCUCUGCAUGCAGUCGAAAGCACCACACACGUUGGAACGAGGUCUUGCUGCCUGCAAGGGCAGGAGCUAACGUGUCUUCAUCUCCCUCCCUCGAUGCAGGAAAUCCAGAAGGCUGCGCUCUGCUGCAGACUUCCCUUCCUCCAGGGAGAAGUGGACGCUUCUCUUGCUGACAUGGCUCUGUUAAGCUCUUUUUUCCUGGACAACUCGUCCUUCCUGCUCUUUUUGGGGAUUACUCACCAGAAAAGCACUGUGCAUUGCCCCUUGACUUCUUGGAGGGUACGUAAUGGUGGCUCCUGCAGGGAGGAAUAGGGAUGGAAGGUGCAGUUGACAAGGAGGAGAAGGGAAUGGGGACCUUCCAGACCUCUUCUGACACUCUUGGGGCCAUGUCUAAGAGGGGACRUGUAAGUAGAGCAAGAGUGGGCGCUUUUUUAGGAUCAGAUUUGGUAUUAUUUGGCUGGUGAAUGUGGUCUGUGACUAGGUUGUAUUUGCUAAGUAUUUCUGAGCUCUGAAUAGGAAUGUGUCUGCAAUAGCUCUCUCAACAUCAGACCUUGAUACCAAAAAUCAUGUGGGGAGACUAAUGGGAAGUAAAGGUUUUCUGAACCAGAUUUCAGUUAUUUACUUUGUAGAUCUGCAGUGAGAAAAAGUUGAUUCCACAUAAUUCUUAGGGGAAAAGCUGGCAUUUUCACCAAACGCUGUAUUUUUUUUUUCCUGAUACUUUAUAAAUGCUGCAUGGAAAAUUAUAUUGAGCAGAUAGAUAAACCUUUCUACCUCUCUUUUAUCUACACUGCAAGUUCAAAAUCAUGGUAUAAGCAGACAAUUAGAAAAAAAAGAAAAGCGACUUUAUAUUACCAGAAUUCAUGGUGUGCAAGUCUUUGAGACAGCUGAGUAUCUGCAUUUGGUUAGGAGUAAUCUUCAAUAUUACAAAUAGCCGUGCUCUCAGGAUAGGCUCAAAGCUUGGGGCUUCUUCCAAGGUCCACAUUAUGCUCAAUGCAGGAAAUAACACGCAUAAAUAAACAUGCUUGUGACUCAUGUAGGUCGGGUGCUUCUCUCCAGUGCAUAAUGCUGGCUCUUAAGGACGCCACGAAGAUGAGUUCUUUAUUGCUGAGGGCCUCUCCUGCAGUUUUCUGCGUAGAUUUUCACUGGUUUGGUCCCCCAGCAGAAACUAAACCUCUGCCAAUGCAGUGACAUUAUGUGCGAGAGUCCCCUCAAGUACCUCCUGCUAAUAAACUUGAAUUUCAGUAGCACUUUGGGUUUCUGGGAACACUGUUUCCUGUACUGGAAGUAGAAGAUGCUUCUCUGCUGAUGACAGGGUAAAAACUUGAGGGUUUUAAGGACUCUCAUGUGAGAUUGGAAAGGGCUGUGGUGGAGUCUGCUGGGAAGGCGCGUGGAGAGCACAAGAUGAUCCGCAAUUCCGCAGCAUCUCAGUAUUGCCAGUGAAGUUAUGGGCACAGGGGCCCUCAAGGAACAGGCCAGGGGAGCAGAUGAGAAGAUUUCACCCUGAGCAUCGUAAGGAUUCUCCAACUGUAGUGGUUAUGUAUAAUUUUUAAUUUAUUGGCGACUUACUGGGAUUUUUAUAACGUUCAUUCCUUCUUGAUUUAACUAAGCUCAGGAAAUGUAAACAGAUUAGAACAUGCUAGUUUCUGCUUUUAUAGCUCGUCAUUAAAAUGUACAAAGAUUAACACCGCAUUAACUCUGUUUACUACUGUUGAUGUAUCUGGACAAUUUUGUUUUAUGUAAGUGAGCCUAAAUUCACUUGGAGUAAUUUGGACCCUGCUUCUUUCAGGAUUCUGAUUACAAUGAAGAGAGAUUAGAAGGCUUCAGCCUUUGUUGUGCUUAGAUCUUCUUCCCAGAAGCACAAAAGCUGUGUGUGAUAGGUUUUCCUGCAUAAAGCGUGUCUCGUGCUGCAAGUCACUUUGUUUGACAGGCAAAACCCUCCAGCUGUUGCAUCCAGCUUCUCUGCCAUUGCAGCCUUUUAACACUCYUCUGUUGUGGAGCUAAAAUAUGAAAGAAAU